AUGCAAUGGGUGAUAAAAACUUUGGUUGCGCUAGUGUUCUGGAAGCCGCAAGGAAUGCGUAAAACGCGACAACGCAGUAAGUUCUCGGUGAAUGUACAUAACUUAGCAUUUUUAUUCUUCUUGGGGCAUCCGAUCAUCCCGGUAAACAUAGGUGGGCAGCCCUUCAUGGUUCUUCUUGAUACAGGAGGAUGGACACGGUGGAUACCGUCGAGCAAGUCAACAUCUGUGGAAUUUGCAAAUAAAAAGAAAUACACUGGACAGGCAGAAACGAGCGUCUCAAUGAACGAAGAGUACGAAACUAGUUACUCUGGUGAGAAAUAUAAGGGGAAUGUGAUGAUAGAUCAGCUAUGGAUUGCGGGUCGCAUGAUCCCACAUUUUACGUUCGCUGAAGUCGUGGAGAGCUCUGGUGCCGUGGACGACAGAAAAGGAUAUGAUGGAAUAUUCGGGAUGAGGAGACCUCCAGAAAGUUUCGAAAGCUGUAAAUUUUUGAAAACUACAUUUUUGGAUUUUAUUAUGGAUGCCAAACUCGUGAAUGACGCUAUUUUUACUUUCCGGUUUUGCGGUCAACCAGGCGUACGCGGAGAUUCCUGGUUUGUACGCGGAAAUCUUAAUUUUGGAGAAACCCGCUGGGAUUACUACCACCCGCCAAUUGUGAAUUUGCCACUACAUCAAGGGACCCAAUGGGUGAUAGACAUCACCAGGCAAGUUGAAGGCUUGUUGACAUGGUCGUCUCAUGUUUCCGUUGGCACGAUAUUCGAGAUAUCGCAGAAUAUUAUCACAAAGGGAACUACUCACAAGUUUGCUGAAAUCUCUUCGACAGCCCAUAAUCAAAUUGAUCUGCAGAUGAGUGUAUUUCGCGGAAACAGUCCAUUUUGGGUUCAGGUAGAACUUAAGAUUGAAAGAAACUCGGGGACUGCGUCUACCUGA